AUGGACGAAAUCCUGUUCGCAAGGUGGUUAUCAGACUCUCUGAUCGAUAUGAUGACAGCAAAUCUCAAUUCACGGCUGGGAAUGGCUAGACGGCAUGAUGUGACCAUCGUCUCAACCCACUUUUCUGACACCCUCCUCUUGGCGCGUGAUAUCUCGUACCACAAUCAAAAGUACGACGUAUUGGAGAAUAUCAAAAGGGAUGUCAACAUAAAGAGAUAUCUCUACUUUCCCGUGCAUCUUCGUGUAUCGAAACAUUACAUCGCGUUUGUAAUCGACUUUCAUAACAGAACCUUUGCCUGUGGCGACUCUCUUGAUCCUAAAUCUCGGCCAGAACUUAUCAUAAAUAAGCUACAAUGGUGGUUCUCCAAACGUUUCGACGGAGAAUUCAAGGAUUUAGGACCUACUUUGUCUCAUGGUCACCAGGUGGAUUCGUCUUCGUGCGGGCUUUUCGCUAUCAACACCAUCGAGCAUCAUGUCUUUGGAUGCACGCUGGGUAUUCCCAAUCCCGCCUCUGAGAGAGCCAGAUGGUUCGCUCUGGCAGCAGGAGCCCAGAACCGAGUUCCACCCGUCUUGCCAGAUCGACCAAUGGCCUCGCUCCUACCCACCCAAGCAGAGGGCUUGUCAGACGCCAAUCGUCGAUCUGAAAUGAAACAGUCAUAUCUCGCAAAACAGGCACAGCGCCAGGCCGAGCGGCAGAAACUUCAGUGUGUGGUGGAGCGAUUAGAGGGUGGGUGCCAGAAACUCAAUGAGGAAAGAAUGGAGCGAGAAAGGAUGGAACAGGAACGACUCGAGCAAGAAAGGCAGGGGCAGGAAAGGCUGGAGCAGGUACGACUCGAGCAAGAACAAGUCGAGCAGGCGCGACUGGAGAAAGAACGAUUGGAGCAACAAAGCCUCGAACAGGCACGACUCGAGGAAGAACGACUGGAGCAAGCACGGCUCGAGCAAGAACAAGUCGAGCAGGCGCGACUGGAGCAAGAACGACUGGAGAAAGAACGAUUAGAGCAGGAACGACUCGAGCAGGAGCAACAGUCCAAGGUGGACCAUGAAAUUGUCGCAGGGAAAAGGAAAGGCGGCUGA